CACCUAAGAGGCGAUGAAAGGUAUCAGGUGGUCAGGCUCGGUGAUGCAGGUCAUCGUAUCCCACUCACGUGGAUCGAUGCGCACGAUAUCAAUCACUGGACUGUCUCGUCAAGACUAAUUUUGUAUAGACCAUUAUACCUGGAAUAUGCAGUGAGGCGUUAAACAGCAAACAAAUAAAGUAGUGUGACGUUGAAUAACAUACAAUUAUAUACAUGUUAUGUCAACCUCUCUUAACGUCAAUGUUGACAGCUGUUAACGAGACUUCAGUCUCCACAUGGGGAUAGUAUUGCCUCUGUUGCGUUAAGUGUUAACUUCUCACUAAUAUUCAUCACUUUGUUUCUUUGAAGGUCAGUUCAAGGUUACAGCUGAUGGGUUAACGAGGAUAUGCCAACUACAGGAACCUUCACUUCCGGUAAAUUAUCCUCGAACCCCGGGCUACAAACCGGCUCAGGCUGACAAUCCCUAUAAUGCGUGGUAUCGUCGUUGUGAUAUCAAAGGCGCCGACAAGGGCAAGCUGGCAGGUAAAACAGUCGGCAUCAAGGACUGCGUCGCUGUGGCUGGAGUCCCCAUGGGCGUCGGUGCAGCUCUCAUGGAAGGGUACACACCUGAGUUCGAUGCCACUUUGGUAACACGGAUCCUCGAUGCAGGGGGUCGUAUCAUUGGCAAAACGUCCGUUGAGAACCAGUGCGUCAGCGGAAGUAGCUUCACGUGCGCGAGUGGCCCUGUCAGGAACCCGUAUGAUGAGACCAGGACUACAGGCGGGUCAAGCGGCGGAAGUGCAGCACUGGUGUCUAAGGGCCUUGUUGACCUCGCCAUAGGAGGAGACCAGGGCGGCUCCAUCCGGAUACCAGCCAGCUGGUGUGGCAUUGUGGGAUUGAAGCCCACAUAUGGACUGGUACCUUACACCGGAGCCAUGUCUCUCGAGACGACGCUGGACCAUCUUGGACCAAUGACAAGAACUGUCGAAGACAACGCCUUAUUGCUAGAGGUGAUAGCGGGAUAUGAUGGAGGUAGGGACCCCAGACAGCCAGUCGGCCUCAAAGUCCCUCCCUACAGCGACCAGGUAAAUGCGAGCAUCUCCGGCAAGAAGAUCGGCGUGCUGAAGGAAGGGUUUGACGUGUGCACGGAGCCUGACGUCGUGGAGAUAGUGAGGAGAGAAACGGAUAGACUGAAGGAAGCAGGGGCGGAGGUGGAGGAGGUAUCACUGCCCAUACAUCGGGAUGGUCCUGCCAUCUGGAACGCUAUCUGUCUGCAAGGCGCCUACAAUUGCAUGGUGAAGGGCAAUGGAACUGGCUUCUUCUGGAAAGGAUUCUACCCAAUAUCGAUGCAGGAGGCCGCUUAUCGGGGUUUCGCUGCUCGGCCCCACGAUAUGUCAGUUGUCAUGAAGACAGUAUCUCUCAUCUCGGAGUAUAUCAACAGAAAUUAUCAGAAUAAGUUCUAUGCCAAGGGGCAGAACCUCAACAUGAUGCUCACGUCUGAGUACGACCGUGUUCUUGAAAAGUAUGACGUCAUUGUAAUGCCCACCUUACCAUACAAGGCAUCGAAACUACCCGGAAAAGACGCAACUCCUGCAGAGUUGCUGAAAGUCAGCCUCUCCAUGAUCCCCAACACCUCGCCAUUUGACUGCACCGGCCAUCCUGCUCUCUCCAUCAACGCCGGCUUCAGCGACGGACUUCCGGUUGGGAUGAUGAUUGUUGGUCGCCAUUUUGACGAGACUACAAUCUACCAGGUGGCGAGAGCCUACGAGAAAAUACGAGACAAACAGUGACAAUGACCCAGCUUACAUACGAUAUAUAUAGAAAACAUGGUGGACACUAUUAUGAGUCACAGCGCGGCAUAGAACAGUGUUCGUUCUUUGUUUGGUUUACAUUUAUUGCCUUUUCACACUGCAAUGAUAAAGGAAGUGAGUUGUUUUAAUGUCACUUUAUGUGCAAUUUAGCUACCUAUAUGUAUGUGUUGUGGAAAUAAAAUUGGUUUAAAUUGUA